AUGGUUGAAAAGAAUAGAAAAAUCCUUAGUGGCAUUGUAGAGACAAUUAUUCUCUGUGGGAAACAAAAUAUUGCCUUGCGUGGCCACGAGGAUGAUUUUGGCAAUUUUAGGGUGCUCUUACACUACCAGGCAAAGUACAACCAGGUUCUAUUUGAACACUUAAACACAUGCAAUCCUAGAACAAAGUAUACUUCCCCACAGAUUCAGAACGAGUUGAUAUCCAUCUGCGGUAAAAUCAUAACUGAUGACCUGGUUGCUGAGUGCAAUGAUGCAGGUGUGUUUGGAUUUAUGGCUGACGAAGCUACAGACGCCGCGACCAUGGAACAGAUGUCGCUGUGUGUUCGCUUCGUGGACAAGACGACGUCGACCGUUCGGGAGGAAUUUUUGGGGUUUUCGAGCACGACUAGUACAACAGGCGAGGUUCUGGCAAACGCAUUCAUUGAUAUCCUCACUAAACUAGGUGUACGCACUGAGAACAUGCGUGGACAGGGAUACUACGGGGCCAGUAAUAUGUCUGGGAUCCAUCGCGGAGUGCAGGCAAAAAUCCGACAAUUGAUACCAGAGACAGUGUAUACUCAUUGCAAGGCUCACUGUCUGAACCUAGCCAUAAUACACGCUUCGAAAGAAAGGUAUUCUAAGAACAUGAUGGAUACUGUCCAGCAGGUAGCCUUUGCCUUCAGCUACUCCGCCAAACGACUUCUGUUGUUCCAGGAGACUUUGGCCGACGACAAUAUUGUUGCGAGCUAA